CUUCCUGUGUUCGUCCAAACAAGGACAGAGAGGGAAGCCAGCAGGUUUUGAGCAGCGGCAGCAAUCUCAGAACCAUGUCCUGGUGAUGACGUCCUGACUCAUGGAUGACUGCAGACAGACAAGUAAAGUACGACAGCUGCAGUAACCUCCGUCAUUUGGACCCUCGGGCAGGAAGAUCCGAAGUAUGACUCAUGCCGGCUCACCCUAAUACUUGAAAAUGCUGCUCAUCUUGCUUGGAGUGAUCCUCUUGCACCUUAUCAUCCUCAUCCUUCUAAUUGUGUCAACAGCAGCCAGUGCCUGGUCUGUAGGUGGCGACACAAGCACAGAUCUGUGGUACAACUGCUUGACAAGCAAUGGAGGCUAUCAGUGCAGCCCGGCCAGCAACGAAGAUUGGAUCCAGGCGGUGCAGGCCCUCAUGAUCCUGGCCGUGCUCUUCUGCUUCUUCUCCCUCAUCGCCUUCAUGUUCCAGCUGUUCAGACUGGUGAAGGGCGGACGCUUCUUCUUCACGGCCAUCUUCCAGAUCUUGGCCAGUCUGUUUGUGAUGUGCGGCGCCAUCAUCUACACGGUGAUGAGGGCGGACAGUGUCAGCGGCUUAGAGUUCGGCUACGCUUACGUCCUGGCCUGGGUGGCGUUCCCGCUCUGCCUCAUCAGCGGCCUCAUCUACAUUGUGCUGAGGAAGAAGGAAUGAGUAAGAAGAGGAGGAUGAGUAGUGGGAGGAGGGAAAGGAGGAGGGAGAAGAAGAGGCGGCGUCGCACUGUGCCUACUGCCCACAGACCAACACAGACUGACAUCAUCACUACCACACGACAAGAAUGCGUGACCCUUACCAUCGCAAAAAAAACACACAUUUUGAGUUGUCGAGCUGACACGUCGGACACGUUGCCACGCAAACAUCCAGCCUCCAGCGUGAAUAGCUUCAAGAUGUACAUAGCGUCUGUGGUUUUUAGACAUAUUUAUAGCAUUUUUACAUUACGUGUUGUACAUAGCGUUGUGUUAACAUUGUCUCCCUCGUCGUUACGAGUGUGUGUCUCUCACACAACAUGCAGCUGUGCCAAAGAAUUGUCGCUUCAGCAGACCAAUUAUUACGUUUGUUGUCGUCUUUUUGUUUGUUACUGUGCCUUAACUUCCUGAAGGAAUUGACAAAACUAUUGAACCAUGAAGUGUCUUUUUUAAAAAAAAAUUUUUUAGAUUACCUGAAUUAUGUCACUUGAUAUUACAAAUAAAACAUGUUGCAUUUUGUUGCCUAG